AUGAAGUCACAAGAAGACGAAGAACACAUUGAGGAACUCCAAGGUAAUAUUAAGAGAGGAAAGGAAGACUUGGGCAAGUUAACCACUGAGUACAAGAAACUUGAAGCUGAUAAUCAAAGACUUCAAAACGAAAUUACUGAGCACAAAGCGACUAUUGCUCAGAGGGACAGUGUCAUCACUGAGUUGAACAAAGACAUUGAAGAUAAGGAAGGCGAAAUUUCUGACUUAAAGAAACUUGAAGCUAAAGAAGACAAUUCAAAGGAUCUUGAGACACAAUUGCACGAGAAGGAAGACGACAUUGUUGAUUUGGAGAAACACGUCAAGAUGUUGCAAAACACCAUUUCUGAUGUCAACGCACAGAAAGAAAACUCCGGAGCUACUCAAUUGGCUCUUGACGAUACCGAGAAGAAACUCGACCAACAAGUUGCUCAAAACAAGAAGGUCUCAAACGAGAGAGAUGGGUAUAACCAACAAUUGCAAGCUGAGAAGACCAAGACUACUGCUUUGACCUCAGCAAAGAAUGCAAGUGAUAAGAAGAUUUCAUCAUUGAACUCAGAGAAAGACGAAUUAGAAGAUAAGAACAGAAAACUUGCUGAGUUGGUUAAGAGAAUUGAAGAUGUUGAGAAUUAUAAAAACGAUUUGGGAAGAACUAAAGCCGAACUCGACCAACUCCAACAGAACUUUGACUAUCUCAAGAAGAAUGCCGACACUGAUGCUGCUGAUAAAAAGAAACUCAAUGGAACUGUUAAUAAGAGCAAUAAUAAGAUUGAGGAACUGAGUGCCAAAGUCGACGAACUCACUGGUGUUAUCACAAGAAGAGAACAAGAAGUCGCUGAAGCCAACGAAGAGUUUGAAACAGUCAAGAAGGACAAAUUUGUGAAAGAAAAGGAGGCAAAGAAGUUGAAAGUGGAAAACGACGAAAUUAAAGAGAAGUUACAAAGAGACUUAGAAGCAAACAACACCGAGUUGACUGAAUUAAGAGACAGAACAGCUAAGGACAAGAAGAAAAUAGCCGAUUUGGAACAACAAGUACAAGACCUUGAAUAUAGACCAGUUGGGACUUCAAAUAUCGACCAAACUGAAGUCAUCAAGGAAGACGACAUUGCUGAUUUGGAGAAGGCGAAGAAUAUGAAAAAAUGGUCUGUCGAAGACGCUUCGAAGAUUGAGAAUUAUGAAUCACAUAUUAAGGCACUUGAAGUACAAAAGAAGAUGGCAUUGGACGACAAAGCUAAGGCCGAGAAGACUGCUGCUGACCAAUCUGAUAGAAGAAAAAAGAUGGAAGACCAAGUCAAAGCACUCAAUGCACAAGUCUCAUCACUUAAAGUCCAAAUCAGUGCACCGGCUUCUGUUGCUCAAGAAGAAGAGAAGAACAUGUUGAAUGCAAGAAUUGCUGAAAUCCAAGCCUAA